AUGAAUGUUACAUUUGCUAGUCCACCUAAGAAAAAAAAUCCUAGCUCCGCCCUUGACCAAGAGACGACAUUUUCUGUUUCGACUUUGAGCAGCUCGAUAGUACCGUUUCAUCAGGGCCACAAGAACACCACCAUCUUACAGAAUACAGUCAUUCGGGGGCAGCAAUAUUUGGUGGGGUUCGGGGAACGUGAUCGGCUUUCCAAGUUUAAAUCCGAGACUGCUGCCGGCGUGUUUAGUAUUCACUUGCAGCUUGCUAUUCAGGCCAAAUUAUUUAAGUUCUUCCUUGGUGAGAGACCCUACACUACAAAUUUGGACUGCACGUUGAUGGUUCCUUUGAUGACAUGA